ACUCCGUACUUCCUGUGUGAAUUAUGUUGUGAUAUGAUGACCUGUGGUUUUGAUUUCUGGAAGUAUACAAGCGUCCCUAGGUGUAGGCAUAUCGGGGUCAUAAGUCAUGGAGAUGGAUAAACAUAGUGUUGCGUUGCGCGUAUACAGUAGACUACGUCACCAUGGCCCAUAUGUGGCUGCGAUCGGACAUUGAUUUUUAAACUCAAUCCCUUCAGCACAGCAUCACGAUGGGAAAUACACUGAGUUUCGUGGUCGCCUCUUUCUCUUUGAGUGCAAUUUAUGUAUUUCAUGCUCAUGUGUAUCGCUCUCAUAAAGCCCUGAAAUCAACCGUUGUAAACUACGAGGACCGUCAGCCAGGACUCGGAUACCUUUUUGCACGAUAUUUGCUCAAAGCUCUUUUAGUAACUCGGGGGUCUAUAAUAAACAAGAAGCAAACCGACCUCUCAUACACGCUUAUUAACUGCAGGCUUGAAACCCAACUGUUGAGGAAGUUCUGUGCUGCAGCAGGUUACGGUUGGGACUACCCAGACAGCGAAUACAGAGACGUUCCUCUGUGUUUCCCAGAGGUCCUCUGUCUCAGGCUGCUGUUGAUGGUGCUGACCUCAUCCCACUUCGCCUUGAACCCAGCAGGUCUGGUGCGUGUGCGGCAGACCCUGAGAACUCUGCAGCCCAUUGAUGAGCUGACUAAGGGCCGGUUCACACUGCACGCCCGGGUCCUGGAGUACCGGACGGUCAGCAGCGGAGCAGAGGUGGACGUCUUUAUGUCAGCCACGUCCCGCUGCGGUCAGCUGGUGUGGGAGAGCACCCUGACGCUGCUCUCCAGGGAAAGGUUUUACAAGACGCUCCAGAGUCUGCCCACGGAUCAUAAAAAAGAUUUGCCUGAUGUAGCCCCUUUGAAGAGAGUAGCAAUGAGGGUCCCAUGGAGUACUGGGCUUUGCUUCGCUUGGUCCUUCUCUGACUACUCCCCUAGUCCCCUCCUGUCCCUCCCGGCAAGGCUUCUUGGCUGCAGGGACAGAAGCUCCCCCAGCUUGUGGAUGCUGUCUGUCUGCCUGGCGGAGAUGGAGAAGCACAGAGGGGUAGAUGCUAUAAGACCUCCCAUCAACCUUACUGUUCAAUUCCUGGAGCCUCUCUUGGUCCCAGGCCAGGUGAUCAUCACGUUCUGGGAAACAGUGACCAAAGAUGGGGGGAGAGGGCUCCGUUUUCAAAUGGAGCAACAUGCCAACUCUGUGACUUAUGUGGAUGGAUUAAUCUGUAGGACCUGAAUCAAAUUUGUGGGUAUUCAUCUUGCCUUAAUGGAAG